CCCGGCCCCGCCGGUAACGGGAGCGGCCCCGGGAACGGGACCCGGGCGGCACCGCCGGCCGCUCCCGCCGCCCCCCCCCGGGCCGGGACCAUGUCCUCGCGCUCCGCCCUGGCGGCGGGCAACGAGCGCAACGCCGACACGCUGGCGGCCCCGGGGGGCGCGGCCCGGCCCGAGAAGGGCCCCCCGGCGGGGGCGGGCCCGGGCCGGGGGUCGCUGGGCCCCGCCCGGGGCCGGAACUCGCUGGGGGCGGAGGAGCCGCCGCACGUGGGGAAUUACCGGCUGCUGAAAACCAUCGGCAAAGGCAACUUCGCCAAGGUCAAACUGGCCCGGCACGUGCUGACCGGCCGAGAGGUCGCCAUCAAAAUCAUCGACAAGACGCAGCUGAACCCCACCAGCCUGCAGAAGCUGUUUCGGGAAGUUCGGAUCAUGAAGGGGCUGAACCACCCCAACAUCGUGAAGCUGUUUGAGGUGAUCGAGACGGAGAAGACGCUGUACCUGGUCAUGGAGUACGCCAGCGCAGGUGAGGUGUUCGAUUACCUGGUGUCCCACGGGAGGAUGAAGGAGAAGGAGGCGAGGGCCAAGUUCAGACAGAUUGUCUCGGCCGUGCACUACUGCCACCAGAAGAACAUUGUGCACAGGGACCUCAAGGCCGAGAACCUGCUGCUGGACGCCGACGCCAACAUCAAGAUCGCGGAUUUUGGCUUCAGCAACGAGUUCUCGCGGGGCUCCAAGCUGGACACGUUCUGCGGCUCGCCCCCGUACGCCGCCCCCGAGCUCUUCCAGGGCAAGAAGUACGACGGGCCCGAGGUGGACAUCUGGAGCCUGGGGGUCAUCCUCUACACGCUGGUCAGCGGCUCGCUGCCCUUCGACGGCCACAACCUCAAGGAGCUGCGGGAGCGCGUCCUGCGGGGCAAGUACCGCGUGCCCUUCUACAUGUCCACGGACUGCGAGAACAUCCUGCGCCGCUUCCUGGUGCUCAACCCCGCCAAGCGCUGCACCCUCGAGCAAAUCAUGAAGGACAAAUGGAUCAACAUCGGCUACGAGGGCGACGAGCUGAUGCCCUACACGGAGCCCCAGGAGGACUUUGGGGACACCAAACGCAUCGAGGUGAUGGUGGGCAUGGGCUACACCAGGGAGGAGAUCAAGGAGGCGCUGAGCACCCACAAGUACAACGAGGUGACGGCCACCUACCUGCUGCUGGGCCGGCGGGGAGAGCCCGAGGGUGGCACGGGCCCGUCCCUGUCGCUGUCACGGCCCCGGGGCCCGGCCGAGGCUCCCAACGGUGCCACCACCAAGUCGGGGACAUCGGGGACACACGGCCGGGGACAGCGCGGGGCCGGCCACCACCGGCAGCGGCGGCACAGCGACUUCUGUGGCCCCGCCCCCUCGGCGGCCCCGCCCCGCCGCAGCCCCCCCGGCCCCGCCCCCCCGGCCGAGCUGCGGGAAGGGGGCGUGGCCUCGGCGGGAGUGGGCGUGGCCUCGUCCCGGCGCGGCAGCGGCGGCGGCCCCGGGGGGGCGGGGCCUGGGCCCGGGGGGGCGGGGCGAGGGGGCGGGGCCGCCCCGCCCCCCUCCCCCCUGGUCAGCCACGCCCACAACCCCAACAAGGCCGAGAUCCCCGAGCGGCACCUGGAGGGAGCGCCCCACGUGCCCCCCAGCGUGAUGGGCCGCAGGAACACCUACGUGUGCUCGGGAGGUGAGCGGCACCUGCUGCUGCCCAAUGGCAAGGACAGCCUGCCGUCCCGCCCGCCGCCCUCCCCCUCCAGCCACUCGCUGGGCGGGGCUCACCUGGCGCACCUGGCCCGGGGCUGCUCCGCCCGCAGCACCUUCCACGGGGGGGGCGGGGCCGGGGGGGGCCGCCGGGGGGGUGGGGGAGGGGCCGCCCCUCCCCCCGCCUCGCCCCCCCCUCCGGCCCCGCCCCGCCGCCGCCGCCCCGCCCCGGCCCCGCCCCACGGCCACGCUGCUCAGCAAGAUCACCUCCAAGCUGACCCGCAGGGUGUCCCUGGACCCCUCCCGGCGGCAGAGCUCCAAUCGCUGCGUCUCGGCCACGCCCGGCCCCGGCGCCACCAAGAUCCGGUCGCAGACGAACCUGCGGGAAUCGGGGGACCUGCGCUCACAAGUCGCCAUCUACCUGGGGAUCAAGCGGAAGCCGCCCCCCGGCUGCUCCGAGGGGGGGGGGCUGUGACGGCCCCUCCCCCACCCCCGGCAGCCGCCCCUCCCCCGCCCUCGGGGGGGACGGGGCAACGGCCCCGGGGACCCCCAGAACCGGAUCGGGACCCCCGGAACCGGAUUGGGACCCCCAGAACUGCAUCGGGACCCCCAGAACCGGACUGGGACCCCCAAAACGCGACCAGGAUCCCCCCCGGGGACCCCCGGAAUUGGAUCGGGACCCCCAGAACCGGACUGGGACCCCCAAAAUGGGACUGGGACCCCCCCCAGGAUUCCCAGAACAGGAUUGGGACCCCCCAGAAUUGGAUCCGGACCCUCCCGGGACCGGAUCGGGACCCCCAGAACCGGACUGGGACCCCCAGAACUGGACUGGGACCCCCAGAACUGGAUCGGGACCACCAGGAUGAGACCGAGACCCCCCCCCGGGACCAGAUCAGGACCCCCAGAACCGGAUCGGGACCCCCAGAACUGCAUCGGGACCCCCAGAACCGGACUGGGACCCCCAAAAUGGGACCGGGACCCCCCCCCCCCGGGACCCCCGGAACUGGAUCGGGACCCCCAGAACCGGACUGGGACCCCCAGAACCGGAUCAGGACCCCCCUGAGACCCCCAGAACGAGACCAGGAACCCCCCAGAACUGGAUCGAGACCCCCGGGCCCCCCCGGGAGCAGAAUGGGACCCCUGGAACGGGAUCAGAACCCCCAGAACUGGAGCAGGACCCCCCCCCGGCCCCCCAGGAUGAGACCGGGACCCCCAGAACCGGACUGGGACCCCCAGAACCGGAUCGGGACCCCCCCGGGACCCCCAGAACCGAACUGGGACCCCCGAAAUGGGAUCAGGACCCCCCUCGGGAGCAGAACGGAACCCCCAGAAUGAGACCCGGGACCCCCAAAACUGCAUUGGGACCCCCCCGGGACCCCCAAAACCUGCCCGGGGGACCCCCCAGGAGCCCCCCAAGGAUUCAGCAGCCCCGGGAUCCCCCCGACACCCCCCAAAAUUUGGGGACCAGCGGCGCUGGGACCCCCCUGGCCCCAUAGGGGGGUGGGGGAUGGGGGGGGGCACUUUGGGGGUCCGGUGCCAAGAUUUUGGGGACCCCCACCCCCAAACUGCAGCCCCCUCCCCUCCCGUGUACAGUCUGUAAAUAGGCCCCGCCCCCCCGGACCCCUCCCCUCCCCCCCAGGACCCCUCCCCCAUUUUUAAGUUAUUCCUGCCCCGAGCUGUGCCCCCCAACCCCCCGACCCCUCCCCAAAAAUAAACCUCGGGACCCCCCUC